AAAAAAAGCCUGAAUAUUUGAAUUGAAAUUCUACAGGGAACAAAUUCCAUUCAUGGAGCAAAAGAAAUCAAUUGUUGAGGAGUUACCGGUCCUGCAACGAGAUAACAUUAAAGUCGUCCUUGUGAAAGGAGUAAACUAUCUGUCUGGUGAUAUGAGAGAAUUUGGUUACUGGAUCAAAAAGCAGAACAUUAUCUUUCAAUUUAUCGACUGGGUCUUGCGUGGUGCCGCUCAGGUGAUGUUUGUCAACAACCCUCUGAGUGGGCUUGUUAUUUUAAUUGGACUGGUUGUGCAGAAUCCAUGGUGGGCACUGAACGGCUUCCUGGGAACAGUGUUCGCAACUUUGGCAGCACUUUUGCUCAAUCAUGACAGGUCUAUGAUUGCAGCAGGGCUUUCUGGGUAUAAUGGCAUCUUGGUCGGUCUCCUAUUGGCAGUGUUUAGUGACAAAGGAGAUUGGUAUUGGUGGUUAUUGCUGGCUGUGAUCCUUAUGUCAAUGUUCUGCCCUGUCAUUGCAAGUGCCUUGGCUGCGGUCAUGGGAAAAUGGGAUCUACCGAUUUUCACAUUGCCUUUUAACAUGACUGUUGGUUUGUUCAUGGCUGCUACAGGACACUACAAUCAGCAUUUUCCUCAGAUUCUUAUUGAACCUGUAAAUACCUCACACAAUAUUACAUGGCCUGAUCUCAGUGUACCAAUGCUCUUGAGAUCUAUCCCAGUGGGAGUUGGACAGGUGUAUGGCUGUGACAAUCCCUGGACUGGUGGCAUUUUCUUUGCUGCAUUAUUUAUCUCAUCUCCAAUCAUAUGUCUGCAUGCUGCAGUUGGAUCCUGUAUGGGUACAUUGGCAGGAUUAUCUUUGGCUUCACCAUUUCAGAAAAUCUAUGAUGGAUUAUGGAGCUACAACUCUGUCCUUGCCUGCAUUGCAGUGGGUGGAAUGUUUUAUGCCUUGACCUGGCAGACUCACUUGUUGGCAAUAAUAUGCUCAAUUUUCUGCGCUUACUUAGGAGAAGCACUCAUGAAUGUAAUGUCUGUGUUUGGAUUACCUGCAUGCACUUGGCCCUUCUGCCUUUCCACAAUUAUAUUUCUCCUGAUGACUAGUAACCACAACACCAUCUAUAAAUUAGCGCUGUGUGAAGUGACAUACCCUGAGAAGAACAGAAAGAUGUAUCUGGAAAUGAAGAAAACUGAACAAAUUCUUCCAAUCGAAUUGUGUAGUGGCUCACUCCUUUAUAUGACAUCUCAAUCAAGAAUUAAUGAUCAAGUUGCUGAAGAAGAGCUGUUCACUGGAUCAAAUCACAAGAGUUCUACAUGUGACAAAUGUAGAUUUCAAGAUCUAUGAGGUAGAAGAAAUACUAAAAGAAGCCAAGAAUGAAAGUUCACAAACUAAGUCAAAAGGUGUAAUAGACAAAGAGAUGUAGAUAACGAUAUUUGAGGCAUCUGUAUUUCAUUUGUGACAGCAAGGCUUCCUAUAAAAAUUUGUUCUAGUCAAAGAUGUACAGAUAACAAUUCUGAAUUAAAGCUUUUGAUUCAUAAAUGGUGAUUAUUUCCUGACAAACAAUGCCCACAAAAUGUCUAGCUGUACAGAAAAUAAUGAAAUACACAAAUGAUAUAUUGCACACUUCAUAGUCACAGAAUGUUGUAAUGAGUUUUGUAGCCAAUGAAGUAGUUCAGAAUUGUAGUCACUGUAAAAUAAUAGGAAAUGCAGCAGCAAAUUCCCCUGCUCUUCGUUUAAACAAUAAUACAAAAUCAGUUAAAAGGCAACAAUUCUGACAAUAUAGUAUUCCGUUAGUAUUUAGUGAUACAUGACCUAAGAAUUUUGUGCACAAGAAUUUGUAAAUGUCUAAAAAAGAAUUUGUAAAUGUUUGAUUUGGCAUUGAAUGUGCUCCCAAAUGAACUAUGCAUAACACAAUGAAUAUAUUGUAAAAUAGUUGGAAGCCAAAAUUUCAAACUCUAAUGAAAGGGAAUGCACAUUUUUUUGAAAGUGAGACCAUCACCUAGAAAUUGCUGGACAUAGUAGCAAUUGACCACUUAGUACAUUCAUUUCAUUAAUUUUAUUGGUUAUUUUAAAUGGACUGAGUUGGAAAUCUGAAUUUUGCUCAUACGGCUGAGCAUGCUGGGUCAAAUAAUC